GGCUGUUAGAGGCAGAUAGUUGGAGCAGUAAGGGUGGUGUUAGACCCAGUAUUGGCUACCUCUCCAGUGAAUUUUGAGUCUUGUGGUUUAUGUCUCUGUUGAAGGGAGGAGUCCAGGCACUAGGCAGAAUAACCCCUUUUUGCCUCUAAAAUACCUUCCAUGAAAGUGUCAUUGUUUGCACUCAGAGUAAUGUCUUGGCUUUGCAGGACUUCACUUCAGCUGUUUGGUGAGCACCUGCCUUAAGAAAGAGGCUCCUUGGACUACGGGCCAAAAAUGGAAGAGCAAGACUCAAGUUGUCCUGAAGCAGCAAGAGUCCCAGAGGCAGUUGAGGUUUGGCACACUGGAGAAAGAUUUGUACAGAAGGUUCUGGGUGGGGACAGCAUCAGGUCAGAUAUCCCAUGCUGGAGAUUCAGGCAGUUCUGCUACCAGGAGGCCGCAAAGCCCCAAGAAUUUUGCCACCAACUCCAUGAUCUUUGCCGUCAGUGGCUGAAGCCAGAAAGACACACGAAACCUCAGAUGCUAAACCAGAUGGUCCUGGAGCCAUUCCUGACUCUGCUGCCCCCAGAGAUGGAGAGAUGGGUCCGAGAAUGUGGAAUGGAGACCACUUCCAAAGCAGUGGCAGAAGGUUUCCUCCUGAGCCAGGCAGAGGACAAGAAGCAGGAAGAGCAGCAGGGGCAGCGACUGGCAGCGGAAGUGGUGGGCGAUUUCUCUGAGGCAGAGAAGUCUCCGUUGGAUUCCAGAGAGAGGCCGAUCUUCAGGGGGAAGGGCCAGGAUUGUGACCGAGGUGCCCCCACUCUGGGCAGCGAAAAGACGCCAGUGCCUCAUUCCAGACCUUCUCCUCUCUUUGAUGGAAGGGAUGCAGUUGCUGUGCCAUCACAGGGUCAGGGUCCGGUGACCUUUGAGGAGGUGGCUGUGCAUUUCACAGAGGAGGAGUGGGCACUGCUGGAUCCAGAGCAAAGGGCUCUGCACAGGGAAGUCAUGGAGGAGACUUCAGCGCAUCUGAUCUCACUGGGAGCACUUUUGGGUGCCAAAGCUGACCCCACCUUCUGGCUGGAAGAAGAGGAAGGGCCGCUUGCCGAGGGCUCUGAGGAAGGGGCGAGAUCAGCAGGUGAUGAGAGGGGACAUGAGAGAGAGGGUGAAAGGCACAGGCGAAAAACAGGAGGAAACCAGGAGUGGAGAAAGGAACACAUUCCUUCCAAAGGGAGUAACCUGCAUGAAAUUCCAAUCCAACAAGAACUUCACAAAAGGAAUAUGAUCUCUCAACAUGCAGAAUUCUCAGCCGGUAAAUCAAGCCUUAACACUCCUCAAACCCACCACACAGAGAAGACCCAGUAUAAAUGCUCAGAUUGUGGAAAGAGCUUCAGUCACAGAGGAAGCCUAACUUCCCAUAAGAGAAUCCACAGAAGGGAGAAACCAUUUCAGUGCCCAGUGUGUGGAAAGAGCUUCAACAGCACCACACACCUUUCUUCCCAUCAUAGAAGCCACACUGGAGAAAAACCAUAUCAGUGCUCCGUGUGUGGAAAGAGCUUCAGCCAUAACACAUCCCUUAUUUGCCAUCACAGAAUACACACUGGAGAAAAACCAUAUCAGUGCUCAGUGUGUGGAAAGAGCUUCAGGAACAAUAUAAGCCUUAUUUACCAUCAUAGAAGCCACACUGGUGAGAAACCAUAUCAGUGUUCAACAUGUGGAAAGAGAUUCAGCAACAACACAAGCCUUAUUUACCAUCAUAGAAGCCACACUGGUGAAAAACCAUAUCAAUGCUUGGUGUGUGGAAAGAGCUUCAUCCAGCGUUCACACCUUACUGAACAUCAAAGAAUCCAUACUGGGGAGAAACCAUAUCAAUGUUCAAAGUGUGGAAAGAACUUCAGCCAGAGCGCACACCUUUCUUCCCAUCAAAGAAUCCACACAAAGGGGACACCAUAUAGCUGCUCAGUGGAUGUAAAGAACUUGAGCCAGAGCUCAAGCCUUACUUCACAUCAAAGAAAUCACAAAGGGGAGAAACCAUAUCAAUGCUCAUUGUGUGGAAAGAGCUUCAGACAGAGCACACACCUUGUUUCCCAUCUAAGAAUCCACACUGGGGAGAAACCAUAUCAAUGUUCAACAUGUGGAAAGAGUUUCAGCAGUAGUACAAGCCUUAUUUACCAUCAUAGAAGCCACACUGGAGAAAAACCAUAUCAGUGCUCAGUGUGUGGAAAGAGCUUCAGCCAAAACGCACACCUUUCUACCCAUCAAAGAAUCCACAAAGGGGAGAAACCAUAUCAAUGCUCAGUGUGUGGAAAGAGCUUUAGCCAGAGCUCUCACCUUUCUUCCCAUCAAAAAAUCCACACAGGAGAGAAACCAUAUCAAUGUUCAACAUGUGGAAAGAGCUUCACCAACAACACAAGCCUUAUUUAUCAUCAUAGAAGCCACACUGGAGAAAAACCAUAUCAAUGCUCAGUGUGUGGGAAAAGCUUCAACAGCACCACACACCUUUCUUCCCAUCUAAGAAUCCACACAGGGGAGAAACCAUAUCAAUGUUCAACAUGUGGAAAGAGCUUCAGCAACAACUCAAACCUUAUUUACCAUAAUAGAAGCCACACUGGAGAAAAACCAUAUCACUGUUCAGUGUGUGGAAAAAGCUUCAGCAGCAGCACACACCUUACAUACCAUCAAAGAAUCCACACAGGGGAGAAACCAUAUCACUGUUCAGUGUGUGGAAAGAGCUUCAGCCACAGCUCACACCUUACUUCGCAUCAAAGAAUCCACAAAGGGGAUAAACCAUAUCAGUGCUCAGUGUGUGGAAAGAGCUUCAGCCAGUGUGCACACCUUACUUCCCAUCAAAAAAUCCACACAGGGGAGAAACCAUAUCAGUGCUCAGUGGGUAGAAAGAGCUUUAGCCAGAGCUCAAGCCCUACUUCACGUCAAAGAACUCACAAAGGGGAGACAUCAUAUCAAUGUUCAUUGUGUGGAAAGAACUUGAGCAACAGCUCACACCUUACUUCCCAUCUAAGAAUCCACACGGGGGAGAAACCAUAUAAAUGUUCAGUGUGUGGAAAGAGUUUCAGUCAGAGCGCACACCUUUCUACCCAUCUAAGAAUCCACACAGGGGAGAAACCAUAUGAAUGCUCAGUGUGUGGAAAGAGCUUCAGCCAGAGCGCACACCUUUCUUCCCAUCAAAGAAUCCAUACAGGGGAGAAACCAUAUCAAUGCUCUGUGUGUGGAAAAAGCUUCAGUUCUGACCGAAAUCUUACUAAGCAUCAAAACAUUCACACAAGGUAAGAAGUAUUUAACUGCUCAGCAUAUGGAAAGAGCUUGGUGUGGAUUAUAGAACUUCAUAUCCAAUGAGUCUCAUACAGAAAAUGUCACCUAAAUAUCUGGGUGCCGAGUCAACCUGCAGAUGUGAUCUGUGAACCACUCAACAAUCUGGAGAACAGGUGAAGUGAGGUGGAAAUCUCCCAACCUUAAUCACUGAAGAAGAGGAGCUGGGAAACUACAGUCUUAUCAGCUUGAUACUGCUACCUGGCAAGAUCCUAGAUUAAGCAGUCUGUCUGUGAGCACAUAGAAAAGGAUCUAGUGAUUAGUGGGAGCCAGCGUAGAUUUGUCAAGAACAAGUCAUGGCAGACUAACUUCAUCUCUUCUUUCAACUGAGUGACAUGUUUAGUAGAUCCCAGCAGUGCUGUAGACAUUGUGGUUCACAUCCUGACUCAACAACUGCUUGCAGAGAGGGGUCCUGAGAGCACUGAGCCAUCGCACUAGCUGCUUGUGUCAAGUCUGGAGCUUGCAUUCCAGACUAGUGUUGCACUAGCACAAGGAUGCUUGAGUUUGUGCACUUGCAUCAUGUCUCAUUUGUUUAAAGGGAAGUUUUGUGCAAUUGCACAAAUCACUGUUUUGGAGCGCAAGUGUGUGAUCUUGCACUAGCACAACUUAGCUCCACAUAAGAAGAGCCUGGCUGGAUCGGGCCCAAGACCUAUCUCACCCAACAUCCCGUUUCCUACAGUGGCCCACCAGAUGCCACGGGAAGCCCUGAACCCUGAGAUGGACAUGCUUUCUUUUGCCAUUAGACUCCUAAAGUUGGUAUUCUGAAGCAUCCUGCCUCUGAGCAAGGAGAUAACCUAUAGCCAUCAGGGCUAUUAGCCAAUAUGCAAGGGCUUGGUUCAGAUGUCAGGGAGUAGCCAUUAGUGGUGUUACUUAAUCUUGGAGGGAGGGAUGGAGUGGAGUCCCACAGGGGUCUGUCCUGGGCCCUGUACUGUUCAGCAUUCUCAUGCAUGAUGUGGAGGAGGGAUGUCGGGGAUGCUUAUCACACUUGCAGCUGACCUGAAGCUGGAGGGACUAGCUAAUACCAAGGAAGGUAGGGUGUGGAUUCAACUCAAUCUGGACAGAUAUGAAUAUUGGUCCAAUACAAACAAAAAGUUGUUCAACAACAAAAUAGUUUGAUGAGUGUGGAAACUAUUACAAUGCAUGGAUGCAAGGUUCUCUUUAGAAAGGAAAGGUAAUGGGCUGGAUAAGGGAUAACAAACUGAAAUUGAAUCCAAAAGACAGAGGUACUGAUUGUGGGGCGUCAGGACCCGAGAAAUGGUUUAUUUUUAUUUAUUGAUUUAUUUGCUUUAUAUACCACCCUUCCAAAAAUAGCUCAGGGCAGUUUACAUCAAAAUAAAAUCAAUUAAAAUCAAUUAACAAUUGAAAUCAAAACUAAAUCAAACAAUUAAAAUAAUUAAACAUUAAAAUAAUUAUUAACAUUAAAAUCAUUUAAAGCCAACAUUAAAAAUUUAAAACCCUAAAUCUAAUUAAAAGCCUGGGUGAAUAAAAGUGUCUUCAGUACUUUUUAAAAAGUUGCCACAGGUGGAGAGGCCCUUAUAUCAACAGGGAGCACAUUCCAAAGUCCUGGGGCAGCAACGGAGAAGGCCCAUUCCUGAGAAGCUGCCAGACGAGUUGGCGGCAACUGCAGACGAACCUCUCCAGAUGUUCUUAACAGGCAGUGGGGCUCAUGGCGAAGAAGACAUUCUCUUAAAUACCCAGGGCCUAAGCUAUUUAGGGCUUUAUAGGUAAUAAACAGCACCUUGUAUUUUGCCCGGAAACGUAUCGCCAGCCAGUGUAGUUCUUUCAACACAGGAGUAACAUGGUCUCUUCUACAUGACCCAGAGACCAACCUGGCUGCCGCAUUCUGGACCAACUGUAGUUUCCAGACUACAUACAAAGGCAGCCCCACAUAGAGUGCAUUGCAGUAAUAGGUCAUUCAUCUCAAGAAACGGAUGCAACUGGCAUAUCAGCCAAAGCUGAUAAAAAGCAUCUCUACCAACGCCUCAACCUGGGACACCGGGGAGAGGUUCAGAUCCAGAAGCAUCCCCAGACUGUGUACCCUCCGGGGGGAGCGUGACCCCAUCCAGAACCGGCAGAUCAAAAUCAUCUCCUGAGUUUCGACCCUGCACAAUGAGUACCUCUGACUUAUCUAGAUUCAGCCUUAUUUUGUUAUCUCUCAUCCAGCCCAUUACUGCUUCCAGGCAGGCAUUUAGGGAGGUUAUGCUUUCUCCCAAUGAUGUUGACAUGGAGAAAUAUAUUUGGGUGUCAUCAGAAUAUUGAUAACACCCUGCACCAAAUCCCCUGAUGAUCUCUCCCAGUGGUUUCAUGUAGAUGUUAAACAAUAUCGGAGACAAUACGGAGCCCUAAGGGACACAAUACGGAAGUUCAGAUUUUGAAGAACAACAGUCUCCAAGAGACACCAUCUAGAAUCUGCCGUGAGGUAGGAGUGGAACCACUGCAGAGCAGUGCCUCUUACCCCCAGUCCCCUUGGACGAUCCAGAAGGAUACUAUGGUCAAUAGUAUCGAAAGCCACCAAGAGAUCCAAAAGGACCAACAGAGUCACACUCCCUCAGAGUCACACUUCAAUUCCCAAUUGAAGAUCAUCCAUCAGGCCGACCAAGGCAGUCUCCACCCCAUAGCCCACCCGAAAGCCAGUUUGAAAUGGAUCUAGAUCUGCCUGUUCUGGAUGGGGUUACACUCCCCCUAAGAAAUCUGGUUCGUAGCUUGGGAGUGCUUCUGGACUCAAAGCUCUCCUUGGUUUCUCAGGUUGAGGCAGUGGUCAGGAGCGCUUUUUAUCAGCUUCGGUUGAUACGUCAGUUUUGUCCAUUUCUAGAGGCAAAUGACCUUAAAACUGUGGUGCAUAUGCUGGUAACCUACAGGCUUGACUACUGUAAUGCGCUCUAUGUGGGGCUGCCUUUGUAUGUAGUUCGGAAACUACAAUUGGUACAGAUGUGGCAGCCAGGCUGGUCUCUGGGACAACAUGAAGGGACCACAUAACACUGGUUUUGAAAGAACUGCACUGGCUGCUGGUAUGUUUCUGGGUGAAAUACAAAGUACUGGUUAUUACCUAUAAAGCCCUCAACGGCUUGGGUCCAGGCUAUUUGAGAGAGCGCUUCCUUUGUCAUGAACCCUGCUGCCUGUCACAAUCUUCUGGAGAGGUCCAGUUAUGGUUGCCACUAGCUCGUCUGGUGGCGACUCAGGAAUGGGCUUUCUCUGUGGCUGCCCCAAGGCUUUGGAAUAUGCUCCCUGCUGAAAUAAGAUCAUCUCCUUCUCUGUUGGUUUUCAGGAAGACCCUCAAGACUAUCCUGUUCUCGCAAGCUUUUAAUUAUUAUUUUAAUAAUUUGUUUUAGCAAUUGUUUUAUACAAUUUUAUUAUGUCUUGUGUAUUUUUAAUUGGUGUUGAUUUUUAAAUAUUUUAAAUCUUGUAAACCGCCUAGAGAUGUACAUAUCAGGCGGUAUAAAAACAUGAUAGAUAAAUAAAUAGUCUGCAUUAUCCAAAACUGCCUGGAGCUGAGAGGCCACCACCCACUCAAUCACCUUAUCCAACCAUGGGAGAUUAGAAACAGGUCUAUAAAUAGCUAACUCAUCUUGAGAUGAGCUGGUUUUACAUAUGGCAGACCUUCCACAGACAUGGAAUUCUCGGCCACUUGAGCAGUUUGAAGCUGACAGUUGAGGAAAGGCAGCUAAUACGAGGCAGUUAAUAGGGCCAACAGAGUGCCAAACCCAGCAUAUGAUAUCUCUCCAGUUAAAGUUUGAGGCUUUUCUCACACACAGCCCAACUCAGGCUAAGGACGCCCAGCCUGGGUUAGGCUGUGCAUGAGAAUUGCCGGGAUCAGGCCCGAUCCCAAUGGGCCAGUACUGCUUAGCCCAGCUUUUUAGCCCAGCUGGUUGCUGAGGUUAAGGGAGUGAGCACUUAAGUGUUCACUCCCAUAACCCGUGCUUGCUGCCUGCGUGAAAGCUGGGCUGCUUCCAGCCUGGCUGCACGCACAGACAGGUGCUUGUCUCUUGGGGGAAUCCUGCAAUGCAUCACAUGUCGCAUGGUGCAUUGUGGGAUUCCCAGAGCCUGGGACACAUCGGCCUGGCCUCUGGAGCUGUGUGCUGUGCCACUCAGCACUGCUUGUCUGAGAGCACAGUUUGCACUCCCAAAACACGAAUUCGCUCACCUGGGGGGAUGCUAAGUUUACCCAGCCUCCCCCCUGCCCUGGGGGGACAGUGAGUUUACCCAGCCUCCCCCCUGCCCUGGGGGGACAGUGAGUUUACCCAGCCUCCCCUCUGCCCACUGGCUCAGUCGUGUGAAUGACCUCUUUGGGUGGCAAAACCAUACCCACCUUGGGAAGUCAAACUCCCAUCUUGCCUGAAAGAAGUGGCAGUGCUCGUGAAAAACCUGAGAAGUGCCAUCCUCUCAUUUGAAAGAGAAACCAGGACGUAAAUUGUACGGGAUGUCAAAAACCUUAUCUACACUUCCAUCCUCAAUAAUAUUUUCCUGGAACUGCAGUGCAAGAAGGAGACGGAGCGAGAAUGAGGGUCAGCGUAUCUCAAAUUUGGGGAGUUUUCCAUCACAGUUUUGCAAGUGCAAAUGUGCUGAAACGCAAUUCAGUAGUCUGAAUUGCCGGCACCUCCCUUUACAUUCGAGGGCUUACAUUGUCUCUUCAAAUUGGAGGAGAAGCAGGUCCGUACCUGUUCCUCCUCUGCUUGCCGCCAUUCCUGCACUCCCCCCAGCUAUGCCCGCACACUGGCGAGGCAUCUGUCAGCUGCCCCUGCCUGCUGGCAUCGCACAGGGGCAGCUGGGAAAUGACCCACAGCAUGCAGGCAUAGCUGGGGGGAGUGCCUGGAUGGUGGCAAUGGUGGCGAGCGGAGAAGCAGGUACAGACCUGCUCUCCUCCACUGUGUAAGCCGUCAAAUUUAAAGGGGGGUGUUGGCGAUUCGGACAGCUGAAUUGCAUUUCGGCACAUCUCUAGCAAAUGGUUCCCUACCAUCUCUGGGACUUGCAUUGGAGACUGUGUCAUCAAGUGUGUGAUACCACAGAAGGUUAAGUCAUGGAAAGCGCCAGCAGCCCACAGGGACAAGAGACUUGAAUGUCGGUGAAAGGCUGACCCCCCCAGUUGCAACCUUAGAGCAUGUGAUGAAAGAAUGCUCCCCUUUAAAGGCGAUAUGGAAGAAAGUGGAUUGUGGGGGGGGGCUGGCCUGAGAUUCAAAAACAACAUUGGGAAGAGAGGUUUGUUCUGGGGAAGACUGGACCAAAAAGGAAAAAGGCCCUAAGCGUAGGAAGGGGGAGGGUAGCAGAUGGAAGACCCCUUGGUCUGUUAUUGUAAUUAUAAACCUUUUUGUACGACGGGCUAUAUUUUUCAGAGGUCUAAGGAAAAGGAACGGGAAAUAAAUAGUGAAAAGGAAAGGUUUGGUACAAGAGUUUAGUAAUCUUUAUAUAUAAGGAGGAAAAUAAAACGGCUAACAUUACAAUGCCCUUAUACAAAACUAUGGUGCGACCACACUUGGAGUACUGCGUACAAUUCUGGUCACCACUUCUAAAAAAGGACAUUGUUGAACUGGAGAAGGUACAGAAGAGGGCAACCAAGAUGAUCAGGGGCCUAGAGCACCUUUCUUAUGAGGCAAGACUACAACACCUGGGGCUUUUUAGUUUAGAAAAAAGACGACUGUGGGGAGACAUGAUAGAGGUCUAUAAAAUCAUGCAUGGUGUGGAGAAAGUGGAGAGAGAGAAAUUCUUUUCCCUCUCACAGAACACUAGAACAAGGGGUCACUCCAUGAAACUGAUUGCCAGGAGGUCUAGGACCAACAAACGGAAGCACUUUUUCACACAACGCGUGAUCCACUUGUGGAACUCUUUGCCACAGGAUGAGGUGACAGCCAACAACCUGGAUGGCUUUAAGAGGGGUCUGGAUGACUUCAUGGAGGAGAGGUCUAUCAAUGGCUACUAGUCAGAGGGCUGUGGGCCACCUCUAGCCUCAAAGGCAGGAUGCCUCUGAGUACCAGUUGUAGGGGAGUAAUGGCAAGAGAGAGGGCAUGCCCUCAACUCCUGUCUGUGGCUUCCAGCGGCAUCUGGUGGGCCACUGUGCGAAACAGGAUGCUGGACUAGAUGGGCCUUGGGCCUGAUCCAGCAGGGCUGUUCUUAUGUUCUUAUGAGGUCAAAGGGUUGGCAGGGUUUGAAAAAGAAAACAUGCCUUAUUACAGAAUGGUACACUGAUUGGGAAAGCAUUGAUGCUUUUGAACUUUGGUGCUGGAGAAGAGUUUUGAGGAUACCAUGGACAGCCAGGGAAACAAACAAAUGGAUCAUAGAAAAAAUCCAUCCAGAAUUUUCACUGCGGCACAAAUGGCCAGGCUCAAACUAUCAUACUUCGGACACAAUAUGCGAAGACCCAGCUCCCUUGAGAAGUCCAUAAUGCUAGGGAAAGUUGAAGGAAAGAGAAGAGGACGACCAGCAGCAAGGUGGAUGGACUCGAUUAUGACAGCAAUGAAUGCACCACUGAGAGACCUUAAAGACCAAGUUGAAGACAGAUCAUCCUGAAGAGAAUCUAUAUGUGGUCGCUAAGAAUUGACGCCGACUUGACUGCACUUAAUCAAUCAAUCAAUCAUUCAAUCACACUGAUGGAAAUGGAUGGAAGAAAUCCCCCCCCAUCACUUGAAAGGAAGUAGGUGUCUGGUGGGGCAGAUUAACCCAGUUGGUUUAUAUUCUGUUUCUUUGUUUUAUAAUGUGUAGAUUAAUAUGUUAUCUAGGAAAGAAAAGAUAAAAGUAUAUUAAGGCGUUUUGCAGUCAAAUUGGAAAUAUGUUAAUGACAAUUAUUUACAUGUCAAAAUGGAGUUAUAAUUCUUGUAAUUCGUGUAAUUUGUAAACUGUCUUAUGUAAAAUAUUCUAAUAUAUUGUUUGCCCCAAUAAAAGCCUAACCUUAACCCUUCUGGGUGUGGGAGCCCUAGAAACGUCGUGCCUCAUCAUCAGCCCCUCUCAGGCCAAACCUGUGGUCAAGUGCCUGUGUGUUGGAAAGUGAAAUGAGCAACAUAAAAGCAGGCUUGUGAUUAGGCAUCCUCAGGGGAUUCCCCAAAUGAGCAAAAGUUUUUUAGUUUGUAAAAUAAUUUCUCUUGUAUUUUUAAAAAAUAGUUCAGUGCUCUACAAGGACUUGUGGAAGAUGGAGGGCAGUUGAAGCAAGGGAUGUUGUGGAAACAACAUUCUUUUAAGGAACAAUAAUGUUUAUUGCAAUCACCAUCCUACCAAUACAGUCUACAAACAUAUAAGUAAAAAUCAGGUAAGGGCAACUUAGGCCAACCUAUGUCCCCCUGUGAAGACGAUUGUACAAUAUUGACGUUUUGAAGCUCCAAUUAAGAUCUUAUGGACAUUUAUAAGAGAACAGAUGAGCUCUUAAAAACACUAGAGAAAGGAUUUCGAAACAGCAUCAUCACCAGGGUGUUGUCACCCAGUUCUGUUUCAGUUCUGUUUGAACACCCAGUUCUGUUUCUACAUUUCACUUAUAUUACGGAUGAUACAGUUCUGUUUGAUUCAUUGUUUUGUGCAAUUUAUGUUCUGUUAGUAUUCCUAUUACGGACGAUACAGUUCUGUUUGAUUCAUUGUUUUGUGCCAUUUAUGUUCUGUUAGUAUUCUUCCUCACAUGAUUUAUUUAUAUUAUGUCCAAAUGAUUUCAAAAGUUUCAAUAUAGUUUAUAUUCACAUUCA